AUGAUUAAACGAUUUUCAAAAGCGUCGAUUCUCGGCAGCGCCGAGCUGUUUGUCAAAAAGGGGAGCGACAUCAAUUUGACUUGCGUCACGGUGACGGAAGAACAUCAACCGCAAUCGCAAAAUGCGCCGGUGGGCGUCAACAAGACGCCGCACUAUUUCACGUGGCAACACAACGGACAGGUGCUGAAUUAUUCGGCUAGCGGAGGAAUGAGCGUGACGACGGACACAAUCGAUGGUCAGAGUCGUCUGCUGUUAGCCAGAGCGGUACCGCGUGAUUCUGGCAAUUACACUUGCGUGCCCGGCCCUGGAGCCACUGCAGCUUCCGUCACCGUCCACGUCCUCAACGGUAAUUGAUGUGUUACAAUAUCCCCGCCCUUUCCUUUUUUUUU